UGUGCCGCGGCUAGACCUCAGGUUGCUUUUCCUGCGCGAUUGUCGCGAUCUCCGGAAAGCGUCACCCGUCCGUUUGUUGACAAUUUUUUUGGUGCCGCAUCAACUGAAUGUUCCGCGUCGGUUGGUUUGUGAUUGUCAAGAAACAAAUUUGACCAUCGUUAACUCGAUUGGUGAUGAUUUCGAUUUUAAUCGAAGCAAACUGGAUUAAAAGGAACCCUCUGUGACAAUUUCCGCCAAAGGCGCUUGUGGUUUUCAGUGCAUCGCAGGCGAAGAAAAAUUCCGUGUGUUUGAGUGAGCUGUUGGAUUAGAGAUGGAUUGCACUUUCCUUCGUGUCUGUAAAAGUGGUGACAUUCGAUGAGCGGUGUUCAACGGUUUGUCGUUUUUCAAAUGGUGGCUAUUACUGUUUCUGCUCUGUUUUGCUUCCGUCAACGAGCAAUGGAAAUAAUGCAGGACAGUUAAGUGAUUUCUGUUGUGUGAGGAUAUGAAAGGUGAAGCUUGGAAACCGUUCGUUGCUCGUGGAGUCACUAAUCUAAUUGGAUGUUUUGGCCAAACCCGCAGUGAAGUGUUGGAAGAAAGUGAAUUUGAGAAAAAUCUCCGUUUCCGAGGUGGUUGUCGCUCUGACAGUGCUACUCAACAAUUAGUGAAACUGAGUGAAAAUGUCAUCGUGAUUCCGGUAUUUUGGUUCGUCGCUUAACCGCAUUAAAGUCACCUCAACUCGAUUCCCCAGUGCAUUCAAUUCUCCCGUUUAUCGCAUUUAUUCGCGCAUACACGUUAUGAGAGCUGCUACGCGGGACAACACCACAUAGAAAGAGCGAGAGCAAACACAGUUAUCCACUGAGAAAAGAACAACAAUCAAUCGGCAACCACCGGCUUUCUAGGUCACUCGAUUUUAAGUUCCACGCGACUACAAACAACUACAACAAUUCACGUCAGCAGUGAUAUGAAUUGACCACAAUUUCACUUACAAAUAUAUUGUAUGAAAAUAAAUCAAAACCGCGACCUCUAAUGUUAUUGGACCAAAACCGUGAUUGAAAAACCAGGCGGUCUCAAUUUCCCUCCCUCGCAAUCAUACCACCCUCAUGUGGGGUCAAGUUUGCAUGGAAGAAAAUAGGUUCGAAGCAAAUGGGAAAAUUCGAUCGCGAAUCAGCCACUCCAGCUGCUCGUUGAACCAGUAAAUUGCGAACCAAUCCGGUUUUCUUGUUUAUUUGUUUCAGUGGGAAAUGGUUUGCUGAUGGUCCGAAAUUGUAAUUUGAAAUCAAUUUCGUGAUUAAACUGGUCAGAGAGUAUCGGUUUUAGCGUGGAUGUGACCCGAUUAUUACAAAGCAAUGAUAGACGAGACCCCCCGACAUAGUCCCAGCGGAUGUUUCUUUCAAGUUCACAGCCAGAAAAUGUCACCUCAACAGUUACUGGUGCGAGAAAUGCCAUGCCGGUACAAACAAUGACUUUCGAAGAAGAAUCUGAAAAACUUUAGCAAUAAUACUAACCGAGAAGAAAAGUGAAAUCUCAAAAUGCCCUAGUGGGAAAUUGUCAACCAAAACAGCUUCACUUGCGGUGAAUUUUUAAACAAAACAGUGAAACCGAAAAAGCACCAACCAUGGUGACAUACAACAUGGACGGACUGCAACACCACCAACCGCGAUUGAGUCGGCAACGGCGUGGUUCCAGCGUUUCGUCCGGUUUCCGGCUACUGAAUGCUGACCAGCUGGACUCGAUUUCCAGUGUGAGCCGUAAUUCCAUUUACAAGCUCAGAAUCGAUUCGAUGUUUGACGACACGAGAUCGAUCAUCAGUCAACGGAUCGAUGAUCGUAGCUCGAUAAACCUCGGCGGAAUCGGGGCCGGAGGUCGCCGCCGGUCGUCCUCGAUCCAUGGUGCGGGCUCGAUCAGUAGCGCCGCCCGUACCGGUGGACCGAGAGCGAUCAUAAACGAUCGGGACAAUCUGGACAUUGGCGGAUUGGCGAACAAUCUGCGCGAUUUGCGCGGUGGCAGCAGUGGCAGUGCCGCUAGCCAUGGCAGUCGGCACGAGUCCAGCAACUGCGUGCAGGCGCAAAUCGAAAAAAUGUUCAACGAUGUCGCCAAGGAGCAGAGCAGCGACGGCAGCGGAUCAACGGCGGCGGCCAUCAACGGGCAGACCUUUUCGGUGCGGUGUCUCGGUUCGCUGCCUCUGAAGGACAAGGUGACCAGCCUGGUGGGCCUACAGGAACCGCUGUGGCAGCUAUACCUGAGCGGUGCUGGACAUGGGAAUCAAAAUGCCGGAACACUGGACAUAAGCACAAUCGGACUUCGCGUGAAAACUGCCAACGGACGUGAACCGUUCGUGACACCGUUUCAAAACAUUGCAGUUUGGUCCGCUGUGAAGUUCGUCGUUUCGGCCUCGGAAGGUGGAGCCGCAUUUCUGCCCCUCAUAACAGAUCCCGAAAACAUUGACAAGCGAGCGCUUUUCCGACCAUUAAGCAGCGCCGCGGAUAAGCGAAGACUGUCAUCCGGACUUCACUCGCCACUGUUUGCAAUAGUAAUGCGUUCCAGCAUAAUGCCUCGUCAGCUCGAGUGUCACGGGUUCGUCUGUCAAACACCGGAGGAUGCGAUUGUUAUUGCCGCUACUCUCUAUCAAAGUCUGAUGGCACACAUGGGCAGUGGAGAGAACGCCCGAUCCCGUAAACCCAAGAACCGCAACGGAAUCAGCUGCAUGAGUAUUGCCAGCAGUGUAGCAACCACCAAUAUGCAUCUACAGCCGGGGUCCACCAAAGUGUCAUCCCGAAGAUCAAGCGCCAGUCAACGUAGUAUGUUACCUCCGCCCCCACGACCACCGAGAAAGACGAAACGGUCAGCAACGACUUCGUUGAGCGGCGAAAGUGACAACAUGACGGGUGCCAACGAUGAAACAUCCACCGAAGAACGCAAGAAGCGGUCUCCAAAAGGUAAACGACCUCCGCCGCUCCCAUCAAAUCCACCAAGAGCAAUCCUAAAUCGUCCAUCGCUAGACGACAUCUAUACCGAUCGCAGCAAUUCAAACGAUGACAAUCCCACCAUGUCCAAGGGAGGCGAAAGUAACUACCCGGCCCUAUCGGAGUGCUCCGGAGGAGACAUUCUGACACGGGUAGCCAUCCCUCGUUCCGGAAGCUUCCUUAACACGGCCGGUCUGGCACGGUACAAAUCAAGAGCAACCAGACGACACACCGGUAAGGUGGGAGGUGGCGGCGGAUCACCGCUCGGGUUCAGUGAACUGUUCAACGAGUUCCGACUGCAGGAAAAUCUGCACUCCCUCGACGAUAUCCUCAAUGCCAUAAUCAAUUCGGACGGAAUGUCGUUCAACGAUCUGAAACCGAUCUACAAGGAAUUCCUGCUCAAGCUGGCCGUUACACUGACCAAGGAUGAACUGUAUCAACGAUCCAAGAGUAUCAUGCGGCGCCAGAAGAAGAAGAAACUCAAACGGAAGAACAGCAAUGUACAGAAUCAGCGCCGUAAACUACUAUUUGGCGCCAAAGGGCUCAAGAAGGUAUUUCGGUUCGGGAAAUUUCGGAACAAGAAAUCACUCACCCGAUCCAGCUGCGCCGGAGAUCCGCACGGAAGUCUUACUGAUGACGUCGAAUCCACCGUACGGCAACUGGCGGGCAGCAAAUCCAGCAAACAGCUCGCAGCUGCCGACCAACUAUCACUGGAUCUUAAAGCGGCCGAUAAGAAGGAUCGAUCAAGAAUUGGAACAAGUGGUUCAGAGGUUUCAGAAGCUCGACAUGAGCAUACACUGACGGCUCACCACAACCGGAACAGCUCAAGCGGAUACGUAUCCUGUUCCGAGUGUAGUUAUGACUCGGAUGCGUGUACUUGUACUUCCGCAGAUCGUUGCUAUUGCAGUCUGGGUGGAGACGACAUCAAUGCUAAGCUGAAUGAAGCGAGCAACAGAAAUUCACUCCCAAGCUGCAAGAGUGAUGACAAGUGCUACUGUUCGAUGGGAGAAACACAGGAGGAAGGAUCAACGACUUGGUGCGAUACGGACAGCUGCAUAAGCAAUGAAAAGUGCUAUUGCGCAACGCGACAUGGAGAGCAGCAGCCUUGUGCCAAUAAUGCGACGACUGGAGCUAAGAACAACAACGAUAAGCUGGCAUUGGAUUACGAACUCUUCACAGUAGGCGGCGAUGGACGCCCAGUGAAUACAUCGGAGGCCCUUAGUGUGAAGAAGACUGUCGAAGUGGCUGCCGUCUUUGCAGACGUCAAACUAAGCCAAACGACCGAUAUUUCCGACAUGAAAAAAGAACAACAACAACAACAGCAAUCGCAAAACCAGGAUCAAAAAUCACAACAAGAGGCAAGUUUGAAGAAACAUGCCCUCAAAGGUGAUCACCAUGGUCACAAUCAUCAUCACACGCACAACAGCAACAGUAACCAUAGGCGACACGGUGAUGGUAAACGUGGCAACAAACCCGUUCAUAAGUUGCUUAACAAGAAGGCUUUGGCCGAACCGGCUCCCAUCAACGAGUACCACUACAUUCAAUCGUCCCAAAAUGACUUGUCAACACGGAAACAGCUGGGUGACAAGAAAUCUUCCAAGCGAUCUUCGAAACCCGAAAGCUACUACCAAGCUAUGUCACCCCGUGCCGCAGUCGGCUCUUCACUCGGUUUGGAAGACUCCCUAGGCUAUCUACCGUAGACUUCGUUAACUGUAGUAUACUAAGAAGGAUUUUUUAAAGUUGUACGUGUUUAAUAUUGUACUUUUUUCCUGGGAGUAAACCAAUUGGUCGGCCAAAUUGACAGCUUAGGACGUUUCUUGAGCGGUGUCAUCAUAAUUUUUUUCCUUGGAAACUUCAUACUUCGUCUGUCAAAAAUGUUUCAGUGCCACUGCCUAAAAUUUACUCUCAGUGAAGAAUUUUUCUUGCUAGGUUAGAUAUUUUUCUUUCACAAUCACAAAAUAAAAACAGAAGCAUUUAUAUUUUGAUGAUCCUGAACUACUGGUGGCAGAGGUUAACUUGUACAUUAUGACUGGUAUCUGUAACAUAAAAUAGGUUAUGGGCAGGAGAAGCAAAUUUCGUCGAGACGAUUUUAUUUUAAAACGGAAAAGUGCAAUAAAAUGUUGAGCUUUUUACAUUAGAAAACUAAAAUUAGAUAAAGUAGAACUAACAUUAAAAAAAUAACCUUCUGAUGACGAGAUUUCGGACAAAACAAAGGAUGGUUCAUGCAGAUGAUGACGCAACCAAACGAAGAAGUGUUUUGUUUCUACUAAAAAUGACUAGUUUAAUUUUUAUGUUUCAUUUUGACCUGCUAUCUGAAUUUGCUACACCACGAAUGAAAUGAUGAUAGAAAAUUAAAUAGAAACGGCAAUCAUGGCUUCAUAAUCAAGUGCAAUAAUACACUAAAAGAAACGAAAUUUUUUAACGAAUCAUUAUUUUGCCAUUAUUUUAAAAGCUUCUACACAAUCUACAGCAGUUUUUCAUUAAGAACAAGACUAACCUGAAACCCAAAAUGUAUGUAAGCUUUUAGCGUUUAAGAGAAUAAAAAUCUACAAGGAACGCUAUUUAUUUACUAGCAAACAAAAAGAAAUCGGCGCAAUCGUCAAUUAAAACGGUGCAAUAAACAUGUCAGCAAUACGAGCAACGAAUGUGCAAUCGGGUUCGAAUCUUAUUUUCAACGUUCAACAAACGACUGUAUUUUCAAAGU